AUGGCUGCCCCGCAACGUCAACCCGAGGAGGCCAUCGAUGAGUCUGAGUUCGUUGAGGACCACAUCGGACACCACCAUGAUUCCGUUCACCGUCGUCUGCGGGCGAACUCUACUAUUAUGCACUUCCAGAAGAUCUUAGUUGCCAACCGUGGUGAAAUUCCUAUUCGAAUCUUCCGUACAGCUCACGAACUGUCUCUUCAGACGGUCGCUGUUUUCUCACAUGAAGAUCGGUUGUCUAUGCACCGUCAGAAGGCCGAUGAAGCCUAUAUGAUCGGACAACGGGGUCAAUAUACCCCGGUCGGAGCUUACUUAGCUGGCGAUGAAAUUAUUAAGAUUGCUAAGGAGCACGGAGUGCACCUGAUCCACCCCGGCUACGGUUUCCUGUCGGAGAAUGCCGGCUUUGCCCGAAAGGUUGAGCAGGCGGGCAUCGUUUUCGUGGGUCCGACCCCGGACACUAUUGAUGCCUUGGGGGACAAGGUUUCUGCUCGUCGCCUGGCGAUCAAGUGCGGAGUCCCGGUUGUUCCCGGUACGGAGGGUCCCGUCGAGCGCUAUGAGGAAGUUAAGUCCUUCACCGACGAGUAUGGCUUCCCUAUUAUUAUUAAGGCUGCUUUCGGUGGUGGUGGCCGUGGUAUGCGUGUUGUCCGCGACCAGGCUGAAUUGCGUGAUGCUUUUGAGCGUGCUACCUCUGAGGCCCGCUCUGCCUUCGGCAAUGGCACUGUCUUUGUUGAGCGCUUCCUUGACAAGCCUAAGCACAUUGAGGUUCAGUUGCUCGGUGAUAACCAGGGUAAUGUCGUUCACUUGUUCGAGCGUGAUUGUUCAGUUCAACGUCGUCACCAGAAGGUUGUUGAGAUCGCCCCCGCUAAGGACCUCCCCGUCGAUGUUCGUGAUAAGAUCUUGGGUGAUGCGGUGAGACUGGCUAAGUCAGUUAACUACCGUAACGCCGGUACCGCUGAGUUCCUGGUGGACCAGCAGAACCGCUACUACUUCAUUGAGAUCAACCCCCGUAUUCAGGUUGAGCACACCAUCACUGAGGAGAUCACUGGUAUCGAUAUUGUCGCUGCCCAGAUUCAGAUCGCCGCUGGUGCUACUCUGGAGCAACUCGGCCUGACUCAGGACCGCAUCUCCACCCGCGGUUUUGCUAUUCAAUGCCGUAUCACCACUGAGGACCCUGCUAAGGGCUUCUCCCCAGAUACUGGUAAGAUUGAGGUCUACCGCUCUGCUGGUGGUAACGGUGUUCGUCUCGAUGGUGGUAACGGCUUCGCUGGUGCCAUUAUCACUCCUCACUACGACUCUAUGCUGGUUAAGUGUACUUGCCGUGGAUCCACGUAUGAGAUUGUUCGCCGUAAGAUGCUGCGUGCUCUGGUUGAGUUCCGUAUCCGCGGUGUCAAGACCAACAUUCCCUUCCUAGCCUCACUUCUGAGCCACAACACUUUCAUUGAUGGUACUUGCUGGACCACUUUCAUCGAUGAUACCCCUGAGCUGUUCGCCCUGGUCGGCUCCCAGAACCGUGCCCAGAAGCUGCUGGCCUACCUGGGUGAUGUCGCUGUCAACGGCAGCAGCAUCGCUGGCCAGAUGGGUGAGCCCAAGCUCAAGAGUGAUAUCAUCAAGCCCAUCCUCAGGGAUGCUGCCGGUCAGCCCAUCGACGUUUCCCAGCCCUGCCUUAAGGGUUGGAAGCAAAUCCUUGAUAGCCAGGGCCCUGAUGCCUUCGCCAAGGCCGUCCGUGCCAACAAGGGCUGCUUGCUCAUGGAUACCACCUGGCGUGAUGCCCACCAGUCUCUCCUGGCCACCCGUGUGCGUACCAUUGAUAUGCUGAACAUCGCUCAUGAGACCAGCCACGCUCUUCAGAACGCCUACUCUCUGGAGUGCUGGGGUGGUGCUACCUUUGAUGUCGCCAUGCGUUUCCUCUACGAGGACCCCUGGGACCGUCUUCGCAAGCUCCGCAAGGCUGUUCCCAACAUCCCCUUCCAGAUGCUGCUGCGCGGUGCCAACGGUGUCGCUUACUCCUCCCUUCCCGACAACGCCAUCUACCACUUCUGUCUCCAGGCCAAGAAGUACGGUGUUGACAUUUUCCGUGUCUUCGAUGCUCUCAACGAUGUCGACCAGCUUGAGGUCGGUAUCAAGGCUGUUCAACAGGCUGGUGGUGUCGUCGAGGCUACCAUCUGCUACAGUGGUGACAUGCUGAACCCCAGCAAGAAGUACAACCUGGACUACUACCUGUCCCUGGUUGACCGCGUUGUCAAGCUGGGCACUCACGUCCUGGGUAUCAAGGAUAUGGCUGGUGUUCUGAAGCCUCAGGCUGCUCGUCUCCUGGUCGGCACCAUCCGCGAGCGCUACCCCGAUCUCCCUAUCCACGUUCACACCCACGACUCCGCCGGUACUGGCGUUGCCUCCAUGAUUGCUUGCGCCCAGGCUGGUGCUGAUGCUGUCGAUGCCGCCACCGACUCCCUGUCCGGUAUGACCUCCCAGCCUAGCAUUGGUGCCAUUCUGGCCUCCCUUGCCGGCACCGAGCAGGAUCCCGGUCUUGACGCGACCCAUGUUCGCGCUCUUGACACCUACUGGGCUCAGCUCCGUCUCCUCUACUCUCCCUUCGAGGCUGGUCUGACCGGUCCCGACCCUGAGGUUUACGAGCACGAGAUCCCCGGUGGUCAGUUGACCAACCUGAUCUUCCAGGCUAGCCAGCUGGGUCUCGGUCAGCAGUGGGCUCAGACCAAGAAGGCCUACGAGUCUGCCAACGACCUUCUGGGUGACAUUGUCAAGGUUACCCCUACCUCUAAGGUUGUCGGUGACUUGGCCCAGUUCAUGGUUUCCAACAAGUUGACUGCCGAGGAUGUCAUCGAGCGUGCUGGAGAGCUUGACUUCCCUGCCUCCGUUCUGGAGUUCCUUGAGGGAUUGAUGGGUCAGCCGUACGGUGGAUUCCCCGAGCCCCUCCGCUCCAAGGCUCUCCGCAACCGUCGCAAGCUGGAGAAGCGUCCCGGUCUCUACCUCGACCCUCUGGACCUGGUUCAGAUUAAGAAGGAUAUCCGCGAGAAGUUCGGCUCCGCCACCGAGUGCGAUGUCGCCUCUUACGCCAUGUACCCCAAGGUGUUCGAGGACUACCGCAAGUUCGUCUCCAAGUUCGGUGAUCUGUCUGUCCUGCCUACCCGUUUCUUCUUGGCCCGUCCUGAGAUCGGUGAGGAGUUCCACGUUGAGCUGGAGCAGGGUAAGGUCCUGAUUCUGAAGCUGCUCGCCAUCGGUCCUCUCUCUGAGCAGACUGGUCAGCGUGAGGUCUUCUACGAGGUCAACGGUGAAGUCCGACAGGUCAGCGUUGACGACAAGAAGGCGUCCAUCGACAACAUUGCUCGCCCCAAGGCCGAUGCUGGAGACAGCAGCCAGGUCGGCGCACCCAUGAGUGGUGUUGUUGUUGAGAUCCGUGUCCACAACGGCCACGAGGUUAAGAAGGGUGACCCCAUUGCGGUGCUGAGCGCCAUGAAGAUGGAAAUGGUCAUCUCUGCCCCUCACAGCGGCAAGGUGGAGGGUCUCCAGGUCAAGGAGGGCGACUCUGUCGACGGUCAGGACCUGGUCUGCAAGAUCGUCAAGGCGUAA